CCUUUGACCUAUGAUGUCAUGUGAUCUGUGAUCUAUUGUUGCUUAUAACAAUCAAGCCUACAUACAUACAAUACAGAGAACUUUGUAUUUUGUCUUCUGUAAGAAAAAUGGCUGAUUUCCAGACAAGUGAUUUCAGAGGAUUUCAGAUGAAUGGACGACAGCAGGGCCGGCAAGCGUUGACACUCAGUCCUCCUCAAGAUGAGACGUUGACACAUACAUGUCAGCUGCUGAGGACGAAAAUAGAGGUCAUCAGACAGCAGGAAAAAGUCAACUUACAGAAAAAGGAGUUUGAGACUUUUCAACAUGCCAUGCUUGAGCGUAAGGAAAAACUGAAGGAAAACCAACAGAAAAUGCAGGAUCACAUAAAAUCCUUCAGACAGAUAAAGAACACUAAAAAGCAACAAAUCAAGGCUGAAAUGCAAGCACGUGACAUCAUCAAGAUGAUUAAGGAGAACCAGGAGAUCCUUCAAAAACUAAACAAGAAACUGUGUGCUUUGAGUUUUGAGCAGCAGAGAUAAUAAUGUGUACAAUGAGACCCUGCGAGACACAAACAAGCAACCCUGCAUCUGUACGGAUAUUGCUCUCAGUUCCAGGACAUUCAGGAAUUGUUCAGGCACUACAACACACAGAAACUGGUCCAGGAGGAGCUGAAGGUUAACAUAGAGAAGAAAAAGUUGGAGCUGGAGAACUACCAAGCAGAACUGACUAGAAUGAAGGACGAACACUACCUCACACAGAUGACUCUGGAGGCCAGGAUCCACCAUCUGAAUUACAAACUGGAUGUGACCAAAGAGAAUGUCGAUUUAUGG